AAUAACAGAGAAACAGGACGUACGUGCAUUAGUAAGCAAACAAACCAUUCAGAACCUUGUUUCAGCACAAAAUGAACAUGAGGGCUGCGGGCAAAUACUUUGACCGGCCUGACUGACGACAUGAGGCAACCUUUGGUCCUUAUCAGUCUGUCGCUGGCAGUGCUCCUCUCUGCCAACGUACUGGCUCAAGAUCCGGUGCAGAUCCAGUUCCAGGUAGAUCCUGUGUUGGUUCAAACCGGGACUGAAGUAGUGUUUACAGUGCAGACGGUGCCUGAGGUCCUGUCCAUGACAUGGACGUACCAAGGAGGAGUCACUCUGGGUGUGUGGGCUGGAGGAGCUGCAGUGGUUAACCCGGUGGCCCAGUUCCAAGGCCGGGUCACCAUCACUGACACCCGGCUCAGAAUUGGAGGCGCUCAGCUCCGAGAUGCAGGAAACUACAUGGUGGCGGUGAUCCCCAUUGCUACCACGGGCCUGGCUCCUAACUCUCGAUCAAUACAGCUGAGAGUGUUUGAUGCAGUGGCCGGGGUGAGCCUGUCUGUUCCUUCAGUGGCGGUCGAGGGAACAAAUGUGUCUCUGAGUUGCACAUGGACUGCUGGGACGGAAAUUACAGUCCAGUGGGACAAAGGAGGCUCGGCCAUCAUCGCUGACUCCAGGAUCACCAUCUCACGUGGCUCUCUGGUCAUUAACCCAGCCAGACGGAGUGAUGCCGGGGAGUACACAUGCACCGCCAGCAACCCUGUCAGCGCUCAAAAAGCCACACAGAGCCUCACUGUCUACUAUGGCCCUGACACCCCUGUGCUGACCGUGGACACCCCAAAAGAGUGUGUCGAGGGAGGAGACGUGUUGGUGGGACAGACGGUGCGUCUCACCUGUUUAUCUGACUCGCUGCCCGCUGCCCUGUUCUCAUGGCAACGCGAUGGGCAGCCCAUCACAUCUGACCAGCCGGACAGCGGGGUGCUCACCGUCCAGACUUUCUCAACCAAUGAGAGCGGCCGAUACGUCUGCACGGCCAGAAACGCCAUCACUGGAGGCACGUCCGAGCAGAGCACAUCGCUGGACGUCGUAGACAUAUGUUUAAACGUAGGCGAAGUGGUGGGGAUUGUGAUUGGCUCUUUGCUGUUCGCUAUCAUCCUCGUGGUCCUCAUCCUGCUCAUUAUCUUUCUCGUUCGAAGGAGAAGGACACAACAAAGACAAGGGAAUACAGAGCUUGUUCAGAAGACCAACCCAAAUCAAAGGCCUAUAGCCCCAGAUCCACAGCCUAAUGGUUCAAGAAAUCUGGACCAAGGUCCCAAUCCCCCUCUCUAUCACACCAACACACUUGCACGCCAGCCUGACCGCUUAUACACAGCCGCACGCGAAAGUCGUGGCAACCUACAAACCUUACCACUGAAUGGCCUGGAUAGCUCCGACAGACACCAACAUAAUGGCCAUACACACACAAACAGACUCCUACACAAUGCUAUUCAGAACACCAAUUCAUACCCACACAAUGGCAUUGACAACCCAGCUUUCACACACACUGAUGCUCAGAAUGCAAACACACUCCGAAAUACACAGCAGCAAAAUCCGAACAUUCUCAUCCAGACUGGCACAGCCCAGGGCAGCGCCCAGCCGACGGCAGUUCACGUUAGCCUCAACACGCUGCCACAAACCACCCAGCCAAACUAUAAUGCACAAAUGCCCACUAUUCAUGUCAAUCUUAACUCAUUUCCAGCCAAUGACCAACAGACUAUGCAAGAGAGCUCACUUCCUCUUACAAAUACAGCCAAUAAUAACGCUUCUUUAAACCAACGCAGCCUGAUUCAUGCAGAGCAGUCAAAUCCCAGAAUGCACAGUGGUCAGUCCUAUCCCGGUGACCCAUGGCCGAAUGGUCACAUAAACACAGAUCAUGCAGAUCAGCCUAGACUUGUCCCAACUGGAUACACACAUUAUAACAGUAAUAACACUUCUCAGAGAAAUGCCAGAACACAGACCUACCAGCAGGAUCCAGAGCCGCAUAGGAGGUCUGAUAGGAACUCAGGAAGACGUGAGGCAGGGCUGAACACCUCCCCUCGACAGAUGCCUUGGGACCGCCUCAGAGGGACACCAGCAUAUCCCACUGGCAGAGGACAGACAUCAACUGAAUACAUCUCUGACACAGACUACACUACUCAUCCUCCCGUACAAGAGCCAAGAACACCAAACAGAUCCCGUCCUCGAACUCAGAGCCAAGCUGCUUCCCGCAGCAGAACUCCACUCAGACAAGACGCAUCAUCAGUGGACAGGCAGAUAUGGAGCCGCUUGGCUGAUCUCCGACAUCCAAACACUACCAGUGUAACACAGCUUGAGCCCUCACAUCACACACAGAGAAGCCACCACACACAAAGGGAAAGGGCUCAGCAAGACAUCAGAGCCCCGCCUGGUAACCAGUCUGCCCUCAGGCAGGAAGCCACUCGCAGCAAUAACCCCCAGGCACUGCCUCUCAUGAGCCAGCAGGCCUCAGUGGGCCACUCCGCAGCGUCACAAGGACCCACAACACAACAGGGAAUGACUGCUCCGCAAGGUGCAGAUACCAGAGCUUUGGCUGAUCCUAAUCACCUACAACAGGCACACAUGGCCCCACAACAUAGAGCAACAACGAUCCAAACAUCAGCACAAGGCCUGGGCACACAGACACAGACUGUCGUACAUGGUGCCAGUCAACCUCGCCAAGAAGGCACUGCUCCAGUGUCAUACCCUUCUGCCCAGCCUAAUCCCAGUAACCUAACCCAGGCUGCACUUAAAGCCCACACUCGAAGGGCUCAGACAUUUCAGAAUCGGAAACAACAGACCCAGGCUGCACUGCUUCACCCUGGAACGCAAUCUCAAGCUCCAGCUGCUGGGCCUCAGCACCCACCGACCCCUCCACCCGUUAUCCCCCUCACACAGUUUCAAACCAUCCCCAAAGACCGCACCCAGCACAAAUCGCCAGCUAGAGGCCCACAGCCCCCCAAGCCCCCUGUUAACAUGCCAGUGGCUCAGCGACACCUACAGGUACAACAGCGGCCUACUGGCCAGCGCAACAUUGCCACGAUGCCCACCCAUCAUCACCAUCCUGGAAGGGGCCACACUCAUGUCAGUCCGCAAAGGCACGCCCACGUCCAUACCCACGGUCACGGGCACCCUGCCCACUUCACCCACCCAUCACAGCAACAGGCUCACAGAGGGAGACCAAGAUGAUGACAGAUGUCAGCAGACUACACUCUACAACUGUCCCGCAUGCACUGACACAAACAAACAGCUGACAGACAUGAUCCAAUAUACCACCAAGCAAGACUGACUGCACAGACUUCUGCACUCUAAAAAGCUGUCAUACUCUGGUAUCUCAGUCCUAAUGUCAGGCUUUUCUAAAAGAAGUGAACAUGUCUCAUAUGGGGAUGAUAAAAUGUAAGUUUAAAUAUGUUUUUUUUCCUGAAAAGAAAUGUCAAACUAUCUCAAAGACGGAGGCUUGAUCCACCCUUUUAAAAUUUUACUAAAUCAAACAAACUAAAUGAUGCUCAAGCUAAUGCGCUCCACUAACAGCAACCCCCCUCGAAACGCACAUUUUCCCAUGUGUUGUACUGUUUCGACUUCUGAAGCACAGUCAUGUAUCAAAGUUUGCCAAGAGCGUGCUUAAAAAAAAAAAGAGAAGUUCAGUGAUCCAUGGCUCCUGACCAAGGUCCCGUCCUCUCAUCCAUUCAUCAGCGGAACUAAACAACACUCCCUUGAUGAAAUGCACCUCAUGUACUUGCAUGAAUAUCUGUGACUACCUGAGGCGACAGUGCCAGACAGUAAAUGAGAAGGGACUGUGCACAAGAUGGACUCGGCCGCGAGGAAGAGUGACAGUCACGAAAGAUGAAAUUAGUGGCUAGGGGUGAUCUUGAUGUACUUGGAGCUAUUUAUUUUGCGCCUUCUGUUUACAGAUGUCUCUUAUGACACUUCUCAAUUAAGGGGAUUCGCCUCAGUGGUGUUUGGAAAUAAUGCUCAGCUAACUAUGAGGGGGAUCCCCUCGAAUGGUUGGGUGCUUAUUAAUUAAAUGGUUUUAUGUGACUUAAAUGACUUGGAAAAUAAUCACACCCGUGCAUGAAUGAGGUCAGUACAAAGGCCUGAGAAGCCAUGCUUUCUGCUGAAAAAGCACAGUGUAACAGUUUACUGGGUCACAGUCUGCACAUUAAGAAUGUGGGAAUGUCAUUAUUACUUUUACUGAUUAUGUAUUUAUUGAUUUAUAAUGUUUGUGUUUUUUGUAAAUCUCAGGGAUAUGCUUGUGGAUUGAUGAUUUAGGUUGCUCUAACUGAUAUCAAGGCUGUUAUUUUAUGUAUAAGUCUGAUUGUCUUUAUAGUAAAACUGGGAUAUAUCCCAUUCCUCUGAGCUGCUAAGCUGCAUUACUGCCCAAAAAUGAACACACAUCACUGAGCGACACAGUUGAAUUGGCUCAUUACCAAAAAAACUGGGCACUGAAGUUCGAGUAAAUCACAAACAUACUGUCCUGAUGUAAAUACUCCUGCUGAGUGCCAAUGUGUAUUAAUCCCCUGCUGAAAGUAGUCCCCAACAGAAGCACUGUUUACUGCUAACAUUUCGUUAAAGCUCCAGCACCCAGCAGUUUCCAGAUAUGACUUAGCCUCUUUUGAAAGCACAAUAUUUGUGUUUGCCUUUUUUUUGAAGGUUUACAUUUUCAUUAGAAACAAAUUGUCAGGGAUCAGAGGCUCAAACGGGCUAGAGGAUUUUUCAUCUUUCUGUAGGACUUAUUGACAAUACAAGAAUACCAAAGACAGAAUAAUCCCAACUCUAUCCUUUAAUAUCAAAAUGAAUAAACUCAAUUUGAAAAGCCAACAUGAAGAAAUAUACAGGACAUGUUACGGCUCCAACCAGACAUCUAGAGCAUUAAGGUUUACUUUACUGCCUUGAAAAAUUGUUCUGUUUUUGGAAAAUGAAUGCAUAGAAAUGGUUCACACGAAUGCUCCAUGUGAAAUGCUUUAAGUACAGUAUUUAUCUUUGCUUCUUUGGUGAUUCAUUCAUUGUUUUUCAGAUCAUGUUUUUUGGAUAACAAUAAAGAUUUUUGGUAUGA